AUGGAGUCUUCACGCAAAGCAUCACAUAACCUGUUUGAGGUUUACCUACGACUACGACCGCCGCCCUUACGAAACGGUGAUGGGGACCGCAUUCUCGAAGUUGAACCGCCAGAGGACGAUUCGAAAGCGACACAUGUCGUCCUAAACCCCCCUACCGAUCGACGAAGAGCUAUUGAGAAGUUCGCGUUUACACAGGUGUUUGAGGAAGAAGCUAGCCAGCUCGAUGUGUUCCACGGCACAGAAAUCGUCCCCUUCGUCGAGGGCGUCCUCGCUCCUCAAGGUGGUGAGGGAACCGACGCGGUUGUUGCUACGUUAGGAGUCACUGGUUCUGGCAAGACACAUACCAUACUCGGCAGCAAAUCCCAACGCGGCAUGACCCAGCUUGCGAUAGACGUCCUCUUCCGAUCUAUUGGCGAAAACAUGAUCGACGGAAACGAUAUCUUUACAGCACAGGAUUCCCUUCAGGAGUGUGAUGGAGCUGAGUCGUCUUUGACCAUCGCAUCGCACUUCUUGAGUCCAUCCUUCCGCGACUCAGUGGCAUCCAGAGCCCCCUCACGAGCCGCCACGCCAGGUCUUGUACGACCCCCGACCGCAGCCCUUUCCUACAUUGACUCUCCCAUAACCCAACACAUCGCGAAGCUCGCUAGCACAUUUUCUCCAGAAUGCGCACCAAGUCAGAAAAGUGUACGGCUUGUCACUGAAGGCGACAGCACAACGCGUCCCAAUGAGCGAUAG